UUUUUAAUUAUACCAAAAAAAAAUUAGUACAAAAAAAAGUACUCCUAUCGCCGGAGAUUGGAGUUUUGAAGCCGCGGAGAUUUGGAAAUCGCGAUACGAUUCGUGAGAAAAUGGUGAAGGAAGUUUCAGAGACUUGCGUUGAGAGUCUUCUAACGGAGAUCGUCUCCAUGUACUCCAAUCGAUUCUAUGCAAAUAAACCUGAUCUCGCCGCUCGGAGGAUCGAGGCCAUUGGUUAUCAGGUCGGCCACCAGCUUUCCGAGAGAUACACAAUGGAACGCCCACGGUUCAGUGAUCAUCUAGAAGCCAUCAAAUUUAUUUGCAAGGAUUUCUGGUCUGAGCUUUUCAAGAAGCAAAUAGAUAACUUAAAGACAAAUCACAAGGGUACCUUUGUAUUGCAAGACAAUAAGUUUCGUUGGCUUACACGAGUUUCUAUUGAUCCACCUGAAAAAGUUGGUCCUGUUCAAGAUCCUUCUGCAAUAGUGGAGAAUAAGUCGACUCAGAUGACAAGCAUGUUUCUUUACUUUCCAUGUGGAAUCAUUAGGGGAGUGCUUUCAAAUUUGGGGAUCCCAUGUGCAGUUUCUGCAGAUAUAUCCAGUCUUCCUGCAUGUUCCUUUGUUGUCCGAAUUAAAGCCUGAAAACUUCAAUGGAGAAGCUUAGGAUGCAGUUUUCAUGUGUAUUGGAUGACAACACAAGUAUGUACUAUUCCUUUGUUGAGGCUAUACUUUCUUUUGAACUUAAGAAAUGUAUCUGUUUUUAUUGAGGAUUGGAACUUUCAACAUCUCGAAUUUAAUUAUGAGAUCAAUUGAAUUUGAUUUAAAGUGGACAUGGAAUGAAUAUAAAUUAAUGGAAUUUGAAUAAUAGCUAAAACAUUUAGAUAACUAUUUGAUAUAAGUGCAAACAAAAUUUGAGCCCA